CUCAGAGCUCAUCAGGACUCUGCCUGCCUGUGGCUCACUAGACACUGGAUCUGGAUUCCUGCUGAGAGAUAAUCAUGGAGCUGCCUGAUCUGGCCAUGGACUCCCCAGGCAGCACAGGUUAGAGCUGCUGUCACCUCCCCUGCACCUUCUCAGGAUGGUGCCAGGGUUCCCUGCCUAAGUCCAAAGCUGUUGAACGGGUCUAUUGGUGCCGUUGACCCCCUGGAACCAUCAGCCAUGAAUCUGUGUUGGAAUGAAAUAAAAAAGAAGUCUCACAACCUCCGUGCUCGCCUAGAGGCCUUCACAGACCACAGUGGAAAGCUUCAGCUCCCUCUACAAGAAAUUAUUGACUGGCUCAGCCAAAAGGAUGAGGAGUUAUCAGCUCAGCUGCCCCUACAAGGGGAUGUGGCCCUGGUGCAACAGGAGAAGGAGACACAUGCGGCCUUUAUGGAAGAAGUCAAAUCUCGGGGCCCCUAUAUUUACUCCGUGCUGGAGUCAGCUCAGGCCUUCCUGUCCCAGCACCCAUUUGAAGAAUUAGAGGAGCCUCAUUCUGAGAGCAAAGAUACCUCCCCCAGACAACGGAUCCAGAAUCUUAGCCGCUUUGUAUGGAAGCAGGCGACAGUAGCCAGUGAACUAUGGGAGAAACUGACAGCCCGCUGUGUGGACCAGCACCGUCAUAUUGAGCGCACUCUAGAGCAGCUGUUGGAGAUCCAAGGGGCAAUGGAGGAAUUAAGCACUACUCUGACACAAGCUGAGGGAGUCCGAGGCACUUGGGAACCUAUUGGAGAUCUCUUCAUUGAUUCACUACCAGAGCACAUCCAGGCUAUUAAGCUAUUCAAAGAAGAAUUUUCCCCCAUGAAAGAUGGAGUGAAGUUGGUGAAUGAUCUGGCACACCAACUUGCCAUUUCUGAUGUGCACUUGUCAAUGGACAAUUCCCGGGCCCUGGAACAGAUCAACAUCCGGUGGAAACAGCUACAGGUGUCAGUUGGUGAGAGGCUUAAGCAGCUCCAGGAUGCCCAUCGGGACUUUGGACCUGGGUCACAGCACUUCCUCUCUUCCUCUGUCCAGGUUCCCUGGGAAAGAGCAAUUUCACCCAAUAAAGUUCCCUACUACAUCAACCACCAGGCUCAGACCACAUGCUGGGACCAUCCCAAGAUGACUGAGUUAUACCAAACAUUAGCUGAUCUGAACAACAUUAAGUUCUCAGCUUAUCGCACUGCCAUGAAGCUCCGCAGAGUCCAGAAGGCCCUGCGCCUGGAUCUGGUAACUCUAACUACAGCCCUGGAGAUCUUCAAUGAGCAUGAUCUACAGGCCAGUGAUCAUGUGAUGGAUGUGGUAGAGGUCAUUCACUGCCUGACUGCCUUAUAUGAACGGCUAGAGGAGGAAAGAGGCAUCCUGGUCAAUGUGCCACUAUGUGUAGACAUGAGCCUCAACUGGCUCCUCAAUGUUUUUGAUAGUGGUCGCAGUGGAAAGAUGCGGGCAUUGUCCUUUAAGACUGGCAUUGCAUGCCUGUGUGGCACAGAAGUGAAAGAAAAGCUUCAGUACCUCUUCAGCCAAGUGGCCAAUUCAGGCAGCCAGUGUGACCAGCGCCACCUCGGUGUCCUGCUUCAUGAGGCCAUUCAGGUGCCCCGUCAGCUGGGUGAAGUGGCAGCAUUUGGGGGCAGCAAUGUGGAGCCCAGUGUCCGUAGUUGCUUCCGUUUUAGCACUGGGAAGCCAGUCAUUGAAGCUUCCCAGUUCCUGGAAUGGGUCAACUUGGAGCCCCAGUCCAUGGUGUGGCUGGCUGUCUUGCAUCGGGUCACCAUUGCUGAGCAAGUAAAGCAUCAGACCAAGUGCUCUAUCUGUAGACAGUGCCCCAUCAAAGGGUUCAGGUACCGGAGUCUGAAACAAUUUAAUGUGGAUAUCUGCCAGACCUGCUUCUUGACUGGCAGGGCCAGCAAAGGCAACAAGCUGCACUACCCCAUCAUGGAAUAUUAUACACCGACAACAUCCAGCGAGAACAUGAGAGAUUUUGCCACAACCUUAAAGAACAAAUUCCGCUCAAAACAUUAUUUCAGCAAACACCCUCAGCGAGGUUAUCUGCCUGUGCAAUCAGUGCUGGAGGCAGAUUGCAAUGAGACGCCGGCUUCUUCCCCAAUGUUGCCACACGCUGACACACACUCUCGCAUUGAGCAUUUUGCUAGCAGACUUGCUGAAAUGGAAAGUCAAAAUUGCUCCUUCUUUAAUGACAGCCUAUCCCCAGAUGACAGCAUAGAUGAGGACCAGUACCUGCUGAGGCAUUCCAGCCCCAUCACAGACCGGGAGCUAGCCUUCGGACAGCAGGCUCCAUGCAGCAUGGCUACAGAAAGCAAGGGGGAGCUAGAGAAGAUCCUAGCCCAUUUAGAAGAUGAGAACCGGAUUCUCCAAGGAGAGCUGAGGCGCUUGAAGUGGCAGCAUGAGGAGGCGACUGAGGCACCCAACCUAGCUGAGGGCUCCACUGAGGCAGCACAGGACCACUGCAAUGAGGAGCUUCUUGCUGAAGCCAGGAUUCUCAGGCAGCACAAGAGCCGCCUGGAGACGCGCAUGCAGAUCCUUGAAGACCACAACAAGCAACUAGAGUCCCAGCUGCAACGCUUGAGGGAACUGCUCCUGCAGCCACCCACAGAAUCAGAAGGCAAUGGCUCUGCAGAUUUGUCUCUAGCUUCAUCUCCACAGCAGUCAGAAAGCAGUCACCCCCCAGAGAAGGGACAAACAACUCCAGAUACUGAGGCUGUAGAUGAUGUGGGGUCAAAGAGUCAAGAUGUCAGCCUGUGCUUGGAGGACAUCAUGGAGAAGCUCCGCCAUGCCUUCCCCAGUGUGCGAAGCUCUGAUGUGACUGCCAGCACCCUGCUGGCCUCUUGAUGGGGCCAGAUCCCCAUUCUAUAGUCCAUAAUUCUUCCUGAUUCUGGUCAAUAUCUUCCCUCAGCCUUCAUCCAACCUUUCCAGUCCCCACUGGCCCCACAUUCCUCAAGCAGUUAUUUGGGCUCUGGGCAGCAGCAAGGCUGGUGGUAUGUGAGGUAUGUGUGGUGGGGGGAGGGGCCAGGUAAAGAGGAGGCCUGAUUCCUCUAACUCUAGAAAUAUGCCCUUUAAUUCUGAAGUGCAAGACCAGUCCCUUAUGCUACCCUUUUGUUGCAGCACAGGCAAAUGGCACUUGGCCAUUCAGAUGGGAAAGAGAAGCUGCUUUGCAGAGCCAAGUAGUGCCCAUUGGCCCCUUUGUCUUCUCCAUGGAAUUAUAUAGAGAGAGAAGCCGAAUGAUCCCAGGGUACCAGCAUUAGGAAUCCACAGGGAUUAACCCUACUCUCUGGC